GGAACGUUCCCGACGAUGACGUCACAUUUCGUCUAUAUUGAGCUUUGCACCAGUUCGUUCCAGGCGUUGGAAGAGGUGGACGCGUUUACAGGUUUCUUAGCAAAAGAAUGGUUCAGUCCCUCGGGGCGCGAAACUUAUCUAACAAACAUGGCGCCCAAAGCAGGCCGCAGAGGGACGAAGCGCAAAGCGGAGGAGGAGGAGCAGGCAUCCACAGAGAAGAAGGAGAAGGCAGAGGAGGAGGAGAGCGGCCUAAAUGGCCUAAAGGUGGUCAUUGAACACUGUAAAAGCUGACGAGUGUAUGGGCGUAAUGCCGAGGAGGUUAAAUCUGCCCUUCUGGCUGCCCGCCCUGAUCUGACUGUGGUCCUCAACCCUGAGAAGCCCCGCAGGAACAGCUUUGAGAUCUCUCUGCUGGAUGGAGGCAAAGAAAUCUCUCUUUGGACGGGAAUAAAGAAGGGUCCACCUCGUAAGCUGAAGUUUCCUCAGCCUGAUGAUGUUGUUGCUGCUCUGCAGGAAGCUCUUAAAACUGAAUAAACCCCAAGUGAAGCUGAACGUCCAGGACCUGACUGGUGGAAGCAGAAUGAUGAGGUGUGACCAAUGAGUGUUCAGUCUCUCCUCUGAUGAACACAGCUCCACCUGAACACUUCUGGACAAACGGCGACACCUGGUGGAUCCUCUGAUCUAAUGCAGACAUUUUUCUAGUGCUACAGCCCAGUUCUCAAAAGUUUUAAUAUUUUUCUAUAUAGCAGUUUCUGAAUAAAGUGUUUACAAGUUA